CCCUUUCAGCUAGCUGGAGGUUUGCACAAAAGGCUCAACAACAAAAAAGUGAAAGGAAGGGGGCAGUAUUUCCAACGGCUGCUGCUGUAGAGCACCCUGGCUGUGUUGUUUUGGGAGCGUGCAAGCGGGCGCGCGCUGUUGACGGGGUACUUGAGCUGCAGGUUUGCGAUCAUUCAGCACGGACCUUGUCUUGUCUGCCAGAGAAAGUCAACAACAAAUGAAUCGUUGAGGGAAGACGAAAACAGUGAGGAAGAGGAUGGUGAGCAGCCAGCCGAAGUAUGAGCUGAUCCAGGAGGUGGGGCGUGGCAGCUACGGUGUGGUGUACGAGGCGGUGGUGAAACGCACUGGAGCCCGGAUGGCCGUGAAGAAGAUCCGCUGCCACAGCCCAGAGAAUGUAGAGCUGGCCCUCAGGGAAUUCUGGGCCCUGAGCAGUAUCCAGAGCCAGCACCCCAACGUCAUCCACCUGGAGGAGUGUGUCCUGCAGAGGGAUGAUCUUGCUCAGAGGAUGAGCCACGGGUCCAGCUCCCCACUGUACCUAGAGCUGGUGGAGACAUCUCUGAAGGGAGAGAUAACCUUUGACCCGUGCUGUGCCUACUAUCUGUGGUUUGUUAUGGACUUCUGUGACGGAGGAGAUAUGAACGCUUACUUGCUGUCCCGUAAACCCAGCCGCAAGACCAACACCAGCUUCAUGCUGCAGUUAGGAAGUGCCCUGGCCUUCCUCCACCGAAACCAGAUCAUCCACCGGGACCUGAAGCCUGACAACAUCCUCAUCUCCCAGGGAAGGACCUUGGCGGGAACCCCCGAGCCCACCCUGAAGGUGGCAGACUUCGGGCUGUCAAAGGUCUGCUCCACGUCGGGCCUCAACCCUGAGGAACCAGCCUCCGUCAACAAGUGUUUCCUCUCCACAGCGUGCGGCACGGACUUCUACAUGGCUCCAGAGGUGUGGGAGGGCCACUACACGGCUAAAGCAGACAUCUUUGCCCUGGGCAUCAUCAUCUGGGCCAUGGUGGAGCGGAUCACGUUCGUUGACGUGGAGACCCAGAAGGAGCUCCUGGGAAGCUACGUGCAGCAGGGGGAGGAGAUCGUGCCCCUCGGGGAGGCGCUCCUGGAGAACCCCAAGAUGGAGCUGCUGAUCCCGGCCAGGAUGAAGAGCAUGAACGCGGGCAUGAAACAGCUGAUCAGGGAGAUGCUGUCGUUCAACCCUCAGGAGAGGCCUGACGCCUUUGAACUGGAGCUCCGACUGGUCAGGAUCGCCUGCAGAGAGCUCGACUGGGACACGUAAUAAUUGGAGUGGAUAGGAGGAGAGUGGACCAUGGGACUUGUAGUCACAACAUCAAGCACUUGUAUCUAGUCCUAAUUCACCACUGUUAGCUCUGGUGGCCGAGGCCACACAAUGGGCGUUUGUUUUUCUUUUAAGGGAACAAUUCAAAUGUUGCAAAGAUUUUGGCUUUGCAGUUGGAUACUGGUUCAGAUGUAGGACUACUGGUAAACCUAGCUCAACAGGUUGAUAGCCAGUCUGUAAAAAUGUUUGUUUUGAAUGUUAACAGAGCAAGGCUGUCCAUAAGCACAUUCAGCUGUUUGUCUCUCAGAAGGAGAGGUGUUGCUAGCCACCCCGGUGGUUUAGGCUAACCUGUUAACUUUAACUCUAACUCUCUUUAGUUGUUUGCCUACAAAUUCCACCCCAGUCUCGGUGCUAAUAAUCGUACUUUGGAUGCAAUUUCUGAUACAUGAAGACCGCAUCCUGUGUAGAUAUGAUGCAAUUAAAUUCCAAUUUAGACACGCCUCAGUGAUCGUAAACUGUGCACGGCUGGUUUUACCAGUAUUCUSUGACCACACCCUGCUCCUCCCCACCAACACACACACACUCUUCCCACUGCUCAGGUAAAAUCGAAGAUAUACUGUUGGUUGGGAUUUGUAGACAACUGGCUGUUUGAAGAGAGAGAAACAUGACAUAUCACAUAGGACGGUAUUCUGAGCUAGCCCUGAGCCAACUAUGGGAUCAGGCUAGGUCUUGGUAUGCCAGCCCAGCCCAGACAUAACCUAGCAUAACCUCAGUCAGCCAGUGUCAUAAUUGUCCUGGAAUGUGUCAUGAUUGCCCCAUAAUGAAAAUUAUUUUGAGGAAUGGAGUGUUUGGAAUGUAAUUAACUUGAGUCACCAUAAUUUAAAGUCCAGAGACAGCAAGCUGCUUAUUCAAAACACAUAAAGGAAUGUGUUGUUUCCCCAAACUAACAUUGAUGUAUUUAACCGAAGAGCCAAUGUUCUGCUUGUAUUUUUAAAAUAUAGUGCUUGAAUUUAGACUUGAAUUCUCACAACUGAAGGCCAGUGUAGUUCCGAAUGAAACCUGUGUGAACGGAAUGGUUAGGGGUAUGACUUCACUGGCAAUCACUUGAUUAAAAAAUGCACUUUUAUUUUGUUAUUUUCCUUUUUCAUAACUUACCAUGCUAUUAUCUAUCACCUUGAGAAACAGUGUUUACUAGGGGCCUGGGAGGAUAUAUUGUCAAACAGCAAACAAGAAGUCUCUCUUACACACACACACACACCGGUGUAUUGUCAGCACACAGAACGUCUACUUAUGCAUGCAAUGCCUUUCCCUUCAGAGAGGAGAUGGAGGCAGCACAGCGCGCACACAGUUGUCCCUGAGCCCAGAGGUUCUAUUAAAAAAAAUACAAUUUUGUGUUUUAACCUGAUCUCCUCUCACUGUCAGUUUUCACCUCUGUUUCCCCAGAACAGACACACACCUCUGUUUCCCCUGGGUCCCGCUGGAUUUAACGGUAAUCCCUUUCUCCACGCUUCCUUCCGACAGACUCAUACUAAGCCUACUACGUUUGGUGUAGGUGUCAGAGGUAAAGGAAGGUGCUCUCUGGCGAACCCAGGCCUAUUGCCUUGCAGGUCAUAAUUUGUGCGCUUCUAACACUUGUGAAAAUGUUAUCAAUAUCAGAAAAAUGUAGUUUUAGUGUGUCAUUCAAACAGUGGCAUAAGUUUUAAAAUGUAUUUCAUACGAGCUGGCUGUCGCCAACAUUAACCUGCAUUAUUGCCUUUUUUAAAUGUCUUCCAUUGCCAAAA